AUGCCUUCUCGGAUAGCAGAAUGGUUAAGACCCCGGUCAUCUGCCCUGAAAUUGUAUCUAUUUUUCAUUAACCUUCUCUUUUUGGUAGGUUGAUAGUUUAAUUUAUAAUAAAUUUAGUUAUUUGGCAUUGCUCUCAUAGCAGUGUCUAUAUACGUCAGCUUAAACCGUGCCAACACUCCCGAACUCGUAGGAAAUUACUUAUUCAACGCUGCUGUAUACGUUGUGCUUUUUGCAAUUAUACUUCUUUUUGUGACUUCGCUCGUCGGCCAUUUCGCAAUUGCAAAAUACAGUCGUGUCUUACUUUUGCUUGUAAGUCACACACUAUUUUGA